AUGUUUCCUAAUUCAUAUACGCAAAAACUAUUCGCGCCUGAAAACUUUAAAUGCUAUGAAGUCAACAAGGAAUUGGUAACUCAGAAGAACUUCCUAAAUGGUUUGGAAAACGCGAGACACAUAUUACACUGCUUGGAGAAGAGUCUGAAAAAGACCCGCAGUUACGAGGAUCAAUUGUUACGAUGCAAAUCCAAACACUCCCAUGUGCAUAUUAAAACUAGUGAUUCUCAAAUUUCCCAAGAUAAUAGUUCUAAGCCCUCAGAAACAGCAAACUCGCAAUCCUCAAAGAGCCCAGUAAAUUUGCCAGAAUCUUGGUCAGCUAUAAGUAUUGUAUGUCUUCAGUACCAAUACGAAGAACUGUCAGCCCGCUACGAGUCCCUACUGCGUGAUUACGACGAGCGCUGUAAAUUAGUGAAUUCUCGCGACGUGGAAAUUUCUAGACUUCGACAGAGGAUGAAAAGGAAUCACGCGAGGCUUGUUGAUGCGAACAAAGCCUUACUAGCCGUGGGCGAGAGGUAUAUGGCUUUACGGAAGAAGAAAUUUGUACAGAAACUUUGGUACGAAGAGCGCAUAGACCAAUUGAAACAGCGCAUACAAGAUGUAGUAACAACUGCAGAACGCGCUCGACUGGAAAUUGACGACCAAUUGCUAAAUCUCAUAGCUGGUGAGGAGGACACAUCUGCUUCGUUGCUUCUUGAAGAGGUAUUGGUGGAUUAG